AUGCUCGUAUUCUUUUCUUCCAUCUACCUAUGUUUUUGCGCUACAGAUACAAUAACUAUGAAAGAUUUUCUCAAAGAUGACGAGGACAAUUUUAUUGUUUCACGUGGUGGAACCUUCGAAAUGGGAUUCUUCAGUCCAGGUAAAUCCAAUAAUCGCUACGUAGGUAUGUGGUACAGGAACAUAUCUGUUAGGACCGUGGUGUGGGUCGCGAAUAGAGAAGCUCCUCUGACAAGUAGAACUGGUAUGUUGAAGGUCAUUGAGCCAGGAAUUCUUGUCCUUCUCAAUGACAGUAGCAAUGUUGUAUGGUCAACUAAUACAUCGAGAUCUGUGCAGAAUCCGGUUGCAGAGUUGUUGGAUUCCGGGAAUCUUGUUGUGAAACAAUCUGGUCAUGGUGUUAGUGAUGGAAAUUUGCUUUGGCAGAGUUUUGAUCACCCAACUAAUACACUAUUACCAGGUAUGAAGCUCGGUUGGAACUUUGUAACAGGACGAGAGGUGUACUUGUCGUCAUGGAAGAAUGAGGAGGAUCCAGCUCCUGCUGAUUAUACAUAUCAUUGUGAUCCUUCUGGUUAUCCACAGAACAUCAUGAAGAAGGGAUCAGAUGUUGUAUAUCGCUCUGGACCGUGGAAUGGUUGUUCUUUCAGUGGAUCACAAAACUCAAGAGAAUGUCCUUACUAUACAAUUGGAGUAUUUACAAGUAAGACAGAGUUGUACUUUGGAUAUAAGCUCACGUCUUCAGUUAUCGUGAGGUUGAUAUUAAGUCAGAAUGGUGUGUUACAACUUUGGACUUGGGGUGACGGAAAACAAGGUUGGGUCCCUUUCCUCUUAAUACCCGCAGAUAACUGUGAUACGUAUAAGUUGUGUGGUGCAUAUGGUAGCUGCAACAGUCAAGAUUUUCCAGUAUGUGGAUGCUUAGACAAAUUCGUGCCCAACAAUACUGAAGCUUGGAAGAAGACAGAUUGGUCAGGUGGCUGUGUUCGGAGAACUGAACUAAAUUGCCUUAAAGGAGACGUAUUUUUGAAGUAUUCACAUAUCAAAUUGCCAGACACACGGAAUUCCUGGUCCAAUGUGACUAUGACACUAGAAGAAUGCAAGGAUUUCUGCUCGAAAAAUUGCUCUUGUAUGGCUUACUCAAAUGCUGAUAUACGCAAUGGAGGAAGUGGAUGCAUAUUGUGGUUAGAGGAUCUGCUUGACAUUCAGCACGAAUCCAACGGAGGGCAAGAUAUCUACAUUAGAAUGGCUGCUUCUGAAGCACGUAUGUCUUUUUGCUAUCUAACAUGUUUUAAUAGAAACACAAGCAGCUAUUACAGAGAAAGGGAUACUUGCAGAUAG